AUGCCUUAUGUUUGCUGUGUUUCUCUAAUGUGUCGUAUACUAUUUAUAGGUGCCAGACAUAUGGAAGCAGUCACAAAAGCAUGGGAUACGGUAGAUUGGGAAAGACUCCAGGCUAGAGUUGAAGCUGAAGUAGCAGCUCUUGGUGUUCGCCAAGAUGACAGUGAUGCAAGAAAGGAACGGCUUGUGGGAGAGAGCAAUGCCUACAAAGAUAGAACCAACAAGGAGAAUCGAAAAUUGGCUAUCCCAUUAAUCAAAGCCUUCCAAAACGAGUUUGAAGGAUUGCUCGCUAGAAGUUCGGCUGCUGAAUCAGCACUUAUUGACAUCUGUAGAUCAAUCAUCAAUCUGCCAGAUCCAAAAUCAUUGCUCAAAAGUGCGGAAGCUUGGAAAAGCGACGCCGAGAAAACACAAAAAGCGGUGGAGGAGCGAGAAGAUCUCAAGCGUCAAUUAUUGAAAGCGAACAACGAACUCGAGGAUUUUCGUGGAAAGGAUGUCAAAGUCCGAAAGUUGAAGGAUAAGCUAGCGAAAUUGGAAUCUGAGCAGGAUACUUUCAUCGAAAACGCAGUGAGCGAAGUGGAAAAGAAGGCGGAGCUUGAAUUGAACUCUCGUCUAGCGGAACUCACUGAAGAACGGGAUAAAAUGAAAGAACAGCAUGAUAUUCUGGAGAAAAACUUAAACACUAUUGAAUCUAAAAACAAGGAAAUGCAAAGAAAAUUGGAGAUCGCCAAGAUGACUGUAGAACAGAAAGAUGGAUUAGAGAAUGAGCAACUGUCAAUUGCAAUGAAAGAUCUGACGGAUGCCAACCACAAAAUUGUGUUCCUUGAAGAGCGUAUAUUACAACUGGAAACAGAAGCCGAAAAGGUGAAUGAAAGCAAAAAAGCCGGAAACAUUGAAGAUAUUGCCGCUCUUGGAAGUGUACUCAUUCAAAAAGACGAAGCUAUUCAACAGCUGACUAAUGAUGUGAAGCGGCUCGAAUCGGCUCACGCUGACGACGUUGCUAAAUGGAAAUCAGCUCUUUCGGCUAUGGAGAAAAAUAAUCAAGCGUUGAUUGCUGAGUUGAAUGAGUUGAAGAGCACACUAGAUGGCCGUAACGACUACGAGGCUAUCAAGAACGAGCUGAGACUUCUUCGUGAAAUCGAGUUUGGAGCAGCAGCUGAAGCAAAUUCUGAGUCCAUUGAGCGCUUGGGAGAAACGGUUGAGACACUCGAUCGAUUGCUGGCAGAGAAAAAUCGUCGGCUGCAAAAUGAAAAUGCGAGUCUUCGAGUGAAAGCAGAAACAUUCAAAGGUGACGAUGUCAUGAAAGCGAUUAUUUCUGGAAGUCAUUCUCGUGUUGUGGAUACAGUUGGUAAAAGAAUAGGAGCCGAAGAAGCAACCGCUUAUCGACAGAAAAACACGGAUGGAGAGUUACUAGCGAAAGUACGUGUAUUUUUGGUUGGGCAAAAUCGGAAUUUCGCUUUUCAGAUCAAUGAAGCUAAGCAGAGAAAAAUGGAAAAUGAUUUGAAGUUAGAAGAUCCAAAUAUCGAUGUUCUCACUUUUUUGAGAAAGCAAAAGGCUAAGGAAACUUUUAAGGAAAAGACAGUUGCGGUUACGGUCAUUCCAACACCAACACCUACACCGCCAAUUGCCAAACAAGUGACUCGCUUAGGAACUCAUACUAUCACAACAACUGCUCUCCCACCGCAAAGUCUUCUACAACGUCUGACGAAUAGUUCUGCUCUACCUAAAAAUGAUCUUCGAAUGGAUGAUGAUUUGAAACUUUCCACUGUUCUAAACUUGAAACGUUUCUCUUCUUCCGUUAAGCCAGUUGAAGUGAAAACAGCCGAGGAGCUAGAAGCAGAAAACGAAACUAUUGAAAAAAUGCAGAAACGAAUUCAAGUCAACAUUCAAACGCUCAAUGGAAAGGCCCUGAACACAACUGAGAUAGCGUCACAUUGUAAGAGGCUUAUGAUUGCUUAUAAUAUUGGACAACGGCUUUUUGCGAAAGUCGUAAUGAAUCAAGUUGUGAAGUCUCAAGGAUCAUUGUCUGAGCUACUCUCAAAGCCCCGACAUUGGAGCAAGUUGACCGACAAAGGUCGAGAGGCUUUCCGUCGGAUUUAUGGAUGGAUUAGUGACGACGAGGCGAUUGACCUGCUGUGCUCCCUUAGUCCUCGACGUGUCUGGCCAGCUGAUCAAACGGUUGAACACCCAAAAGCUGAAACACUUGUUGAUUUAACAAGUCCUUCAUCUCUAGAUGGAACUGAGGAAUCCAAAAGUCCACAACCUCAAUUCACAAUUAUCAAAGUUCAAACACCUCAACAAGCUCCUCCACCAGCUCCUGUACCAGAACCUGUGAUUGAACCUGUAGUGAACUUGAAAUCAUCUCCUGAAAUUAUGCACUUACGAACCACUCGCUGGAAACAUGAUGAUAUUUCUAAAGAGAAGAUUUUGAGCAUUCUGCAAACUGAACUCAAGAAAAUUGAAGAGGAAACUACUGAAAAAGUUGUGUCCCCCUCUAAACCUCCACCACCCGCAAGCAAUCGACGGAAUUCGGCAUCGAUUCCUUACGAAGCAACCACGCUUCCAGGAAAGACCCGACCGACAGCUGUGGAGCUAGUUCUGAAGCAACGAGUCGCGGCUGGAUUGGGACCACUCACUCAAGCUCAAUACGACAAAUAUUCCAGCUUGGAUACGGAGCAACUUGUUAGAACAAUCAAAGAAUUUUUGACGGUCAAUUCGAUUUCACAGCGUCAAUUCGGGGAGCAUGUCCUCGGACUCAGUCAAGGAAGUGUUUCUGAUCUACUUGCGAGACCGAAAACCUGGACGCAGCUGACACAGAAAGGACGUGAGCCCUUCAUAAGAAUGCAAUUAUUCAUGGACGACGUGGAAGAAGCAGCGGAAGACGAUGAUGAUAAACAGCCUAAAAUCAGCGUCUGUGAAGAAGACAGUGAUCUCGCGAAGACUUUGGCAACGUUGUUGGGAACAGUGACACAAGAAGGAGAGAAUGGAAGUUCGGUCGGUGAAGAUGUACACCGGGAGAAAACACCCGAUUUCGAAACGAUCACCGAGAUACCAAGCUCGAGCGAACGUGGGAAGUUGGUAAAAUACAUCGAUGCUUCGACAGGAGAAGAAAUUUUGGAUUCGCAAAAAAUUGUUUCUCGUGUAAAAGAAGUCCUGGAAGAGCAUGGCAUAUCUCCAAGAGUUUUUGGGGACGAGUAUUUGAACUGUUCACCAACAAUGUGUGCUGAUCUGAUGAUUCGGACCAAACCAUUCCAAUUAUCUAGACCAACCGAGAAAGUGAUGUACUUCCGAAUGAGAAACUUCCUGAAUGAUCCAUCAUCGAUUCCGAAUCUUAUCAAAAAAGAAGAGGAAAAAGAUACAGUUCGAGACAAAUUCGAUUUUAUUGUCAAGGAGACUCCGAAGCCAGUGAAAAGGAAAGCUUCGUCAGAUUUAGAAGAUUAUGAUCCAUCUAAAAAAGCAUUCCAACGAACUGUCAUCACUGAUUACCAAAAAGACGUUCUCCGAUUCGUUUUUGUCAAUGAGCUUCAUCCAACCAAUGAAAUGAUUGAGCAAAUUGCUACAAAGUUGGAGAUGUCACUGAGAACUGUGCAAAAUUGGUUCCACAAUCACAGGACUCGAAGCAAAGCAAGAGAAAAGGAAGGAAAGAUCUACUCGGAUGCCCUUCCAAAUGGAAUCGCUGUUCGAAGUGACACGUGGAAAGAUGAUCUUCAGAAAAUGCUUGAUGAAGCUCCUGCCCUCAUGAAACAAUGGGCUCCAGACUACUAUCCACGAACAGGAUCUUCCGUGAAAAGUUCCACUUCGGUUGACUCCCCAACCAACAACAAUAACGGUGCGCCAAUCUUCCCCUUCGAUAAACCAGCUCCUACUUCAACUGUCACUGCCACCAGAAAACCAAAUUCUGGUGGACAACUGGAUAAGGCGUUGGCUCGAAUGAUUCGUCUCGCAGAAGGCCGUGAAGCUUUUAUAAUACUUUAUAUUUCAGUACGGUUCGAGGAACAGGAGGCUGAACUUGUUUCUUUCAAAGAAAAGUCAGAAAGGAAUGAUAGGCUGAUUGCACAACUUGAAAGUGACUUGGAAAGUGCCGUUCAGGAUAUGGGAAUAACCGAACGAAGGGGAACCACCGAUAUGUUAAAUGAUGCAAAUCCAACGAUAUCCGACGCUUCACUUGUUCCGAUUUUAACAUCACAAAGGAACCGUCUUCAUGAAAGAGUGACAGCACUGGAAGAAGCGGUGUCGUUGGAGAAGACCAAACAGCUUUCAGUGCAGAAUGAAGUGGAAAGAGUUCGAGAGGAGAAUAUCCGGUUGUGCGAACGAAUUCGUUUUCUGCAAGCUCCAAAUCGCCAAAGUUUGAAUAGUGUUGAAUCUGGUUUAGCAAAUGAAUCAACGAAUCGUAACAAGAGGCUUUCGAUGCAUGAUAACACGACACUCCACAUUAGCCGCGCAAUUCUCUCCACUCCAAGAAGUCGUACUGUAUUCUUCUCAUAUCUUCUCAUUCUGCAUGCUCUUAUUAUGCUUGUACUUUACAAGUUUGCAUUCGAUCAGUCCGUAGUUCGCGAUGCAGAGACGGAAUGCGAAUACAAAUUUCAUCAACACAUGAUGGACAAUCACAAAGAUGGAUAA